GCGUCAGGCUGCGCUCCGACCGCUCGGCACGGGGCAGCGCUUCGGGGGCACCGCUCCGCCCGCGCCCUCCCGGAACUUUUAGGGCCUUUUUUUUUAUUAUUUUUCCGCCGUUUCUUCCCCCGGUGCCGCCGGAGGCAGCCGAGCUCUGAUCGCAACGGGAUCCGCGGGGCAGCGCUCCGGGCUCGGCCGCAUGGAGCCGCAGCCCGGCGCUCGGAGCUGCAGCCGCGGGGCCGCCCCCUGCGACCCUCUCCCCGCGGAGCGCCCCGUCCACCUCUGCAUCCACACCACGACCGGAGCGCGUUACGAAGUGGCCGUUCCUCCGGACGAGACGGUGGAGGGGCUGAAACGGCGGCUGUCGCAGCGCCUUAAGGUGCCCAAGGAGCGCCUGGCGCUGCUGCACAAAGACAGCCGCCUCAGCUCCGGGAAGCUGCAGGACCUGGGGGUGGUGGAAGGCAGCAAACUGACGCUGGUGCCCACCGUGGAGGCCGGCCUGAUGUCCCAGGCAUCCAGGCCGGAGCAAUCGGUGAUGCAAGCGCUGGAAAGCUUAACUGAAACUCAGGUCAAUGACUUCUUGUCGGGCCGCUCCCCGCUCACCCUGGCGCUGCGUGUGGGCGACCAUAUGAUGUUCGUGCAGCUCCAGCUGGCAGCCCAGCAGAGCAGCGGGCAGCUCCAGCACCGGCACGUCAUCGCCAGCCGCGGCGAGGCGGGGGCCACCAACGGCCCCCACUGCCGGACCCUGCACGGCAGCACCGGCUCCGGCUUCGCCCGCAUCCCCGUGGUGCCCUCCUGCCCGCAGAGCCCGGCUCCCAGCCCCACGCCCGCCACGCCGGCCCCCCCCGUGUACUGUAACGCCCCCCACCCCGCUCCCGUCACCGCAGGGAUGUUCCGCUCUCACGGGGCCGGCGCGCAGACGGUGAACAGCAGCGUGGUGUCCUCCUGCUCAGAGGUGGACUGCAGUAUGCGUGGCGGCUCCUCGCCCAGCAGCAGCCCUGCCCCGAGCGCCCGAUCCCGCAAACCCGGGGCCGUCAUCGAGAGCUUCGUCAACCACGCGCCUGGGGUCUUCUCAGGGACCUUCUCCGGCACUUUGCACCCCAACUGCCAGGACAGCAGCGGGCGGCCGCGGCGGGACAUCGGCACCAUCCUGCAGAUCCUCAACGACCUCCUCAGCGCCACGCGACACUACCAGGGCAUGCCGCAGUCCCUGGCACAGCUCCGCUGCCAGACGCAGUUCUCCUCCUCCUCUUCCUCCUCCUCCUCCUCCUCCUCCUCGCCGCCCGCAUCCCCGGACCUCACCACCAAAACUACCUCAGAGCCGCUGCCCGCGGCCGCAGCAUCCCCACCUCUGCACCCCGUCGUCCAGUGCCAAAGCCAGAUCCGGAUGUGCAAGCCCAGCGGGGAUCGCUUGCGGCAGACGGAGAACCGGGCGACGCGCUGCAAAGUGGAGCGGCUGCAGCUGCUGAUGCAGCAGAAGAGGCUGCGCAGGAAGGCCAGGAGGGACGCGAGGGCUCCGUACCAUUGGCUGCCCAACCGCAAAUCCUCCCGCACCAACAGCAACAGCAGCGUCUCCAGCGAGGGCAGCCUGGACCUGGACUUCGAGGACUCGGUCUGGAAGCCGGAGGUCAAAGCGGACAUCAAGUCCGAAUUCGUCGUAGCAUAGAGCCGGGCUGCGGCCGCGGACUCGUGUUGGUGGGGAGGUCACCCUCACCCUCACCCCCCCCCCCCCCUCCCUCCCUCCACCUACCUGUGACCGCCCCCCCACCAUCCCCCCCUACCCUCCCCACCACCACCCCGUUGAGGAUGGGGUGUUGUUUCUGUUGGCAUGGGCCAGAUCUCCACUCCUGCGGAUGUGGCUGCGCUGGGGGGGGGGGAGGGGUGAGAGGUGGGAGCUGCUGCUGUGUCCCCCCCCCCCCUUCCCCUUAGCCCAGGUUCUGCCCCUGCCCUGAGUGCAGUCCGGGCACCGGGGGGGGCCCUGGGGAUCAAAGCUGCUCUUUGGCUGUGAAGAGGGGCGCAGCGGCUCAGCCCCCCCCAUGGGCAGCAGGAGGCAGAGUCCCUUUGGAGGUGCUGGGGGCCCCCGCCAGCCUGGGGGGGGCCAUUUGUUUCCCUUCCCUUCUAUAUGUAGCAUUGCUCGGCUGCGGGGCUGGGCCCCCCUCCGGCCCCACGUGUGCAGGCAUGGGGGGGGGGGGGGGGGAGAUGGGAUGGGGGGGUGGGGGGGGGGGGGGACACAGACAAUGCCACGCGUGUGCCUGGUGCCGCAGCCGGGGGGGGGGGGGUUGGGGAGGGGGGGGGCCUUCAUUUUGGGGUGUUUUUUUUUAAUUAUUAUUAUUUUUUUGGUUCUUGGGGAGGGAUGGGGGGGGGGGAAUAGGACCAGCACGAUUCCCUCUGCAGAGUGGCAGAGUGUCCUCCAGCCCCCCCUCCAGCCCCCCCCAAUCCCCUCCCCCCCCCCCUUCGGUUGGGGCGUUGCGUCGUUUUAUUUUUUAACUUAAAAGAGGAAGAAAAAAAAAAGAAAAAAAAAAAAAAAAGGAAAAAAAAAAAAAGGUUAAAAAGCAAAAUGGUCCCAACCCAAUGAUGGUACCUGCCAGUGUGGGGCCCCUAUUUAUAGACAUUGACCCAACUGAGCCAAUACUGACAUAGUCUUGCAUAGGCUGUAGGAAUCUUUCUUGUCCGACUUUGGUUUUUCGUCAGGAGAUCUGUGCAAAUAGAGAGCCCACGUGAUGUGUUUUUUGUCUGUAAAAGUCUCUUAUUCUUUAUUUUUUAUUUUUUUUCUUCCCCUGUGUGUGUUUUGGGGAGGGGGGGGGGUGAAGGGGGGGGCGGGGAGGAGAAGAGCGAAGCUUUGGGUCUUUAAUAUUUUAUUUUUUAUUUUUGAAAUAAAUUUGGGCAGUCUCCAUGCAACUGCG